AUGCACUUGCGCGGUGACACAAGUGAUGGAGCAGACACAGCUGCACCGGUUGCAUCAAGAAGGGUGAUGAACACAAAUAGGGCUGCGGCUGGAGCAGAAGAAACAGGACCACCCGAAAGGCUGCCCCUGUGGCGGGAAGUCUUCCUCCGAAGAGCUCGAAUAAAACAUCUUCUUCAGCACGACUGGUUUGCGGCUGUUUGUGCAGCGCAUGCUGCAGCGGUAGAAGAGAAUCGCCGGCUGCUAGCGAACCAUGCAUCCACCUUGGCUGUGCGUUCUGCUGCAGCAGCACAAGAAGGAUUAGCGGCAGCAGCGACUUCUGCUGCAGCUGGUGGCCCUUGUGCAGCGCAGACAGAGCACCAUCUGCAGAAUACGCCAGACAGUGCAGUUCUGAAGCAGCAAAUCAGGGCGAUAAAGGCAGCAGCAGCGGCAACGCAAAGGCAAUAUGAGCAGCGACAACAGCAGCUCGAGACGGAGCUGCUGGUGCUUAUGCAGCAGGUGCAACAACAACAGCAGCUGCUAGCUGAGAAGGACAGUGAGUUGCUACAGCAACAGCGGCAACUUAGGGAGAAGGAAGAGGAGAUCGCCGAGAACGAAGCCCAGGCUGCAGCAACUCGCAGGACCUGUUUGCUGCUGGUUCAGCAGCAGCAACAACAACAGCAGGCGGUGCAAAAAGCUCAACAAGAAGUUGCUGCAAAGGCGUUGGAGACUGAGGGAUACCUCCGGGAGCUCCUGCGGUACAAACAGGCUGAGGCCGCCUCUCUAGAGCUCUUGCAGGACCAAAUGCGCACAAGUGCAUCAUCGGCAGAUGCUCACCUUGGACCCUCAACAGGACUCACCAGUGGCCGUGACACUCCUGCUGCCGCUUCUCUCCUCAGAAGUCGGCAGGAGCCAUCAGCAGAUUCUGAAUCAGCGCAUGCGGUAGCGGCUGCCCGAGCAGCUGCUGGAGGUACACCGACCGCAGCAGCUGCACUGCCGAGCAGCAGCCCCCCCCCUAACGAGAGCACCAGCAUCGACAGGAACUGUGAAGGGUCUUGUCGCCCUCCUCUCCGGUUAUUGCGGACUAUUCACAUGCAGAAUGGCUCUGUCCUGUGCUGCUGCAGUCGUCCAAUAGAAGCAACGGCAGGACGUGCCACGGCGGGAGAGCUAUUUGUCUCAGGAGGUGCUGAUGGUACACUGGCCGUGUUGGGUGGUGUCAGACCUGGAGGUUUGUAUUCCGUUCAGCCUUCCCCGUUGCGGGCUGCAUGUACAGCAGUUGACGUGCUGUUGCUGCGGCAGAAAGAGACGGCAGCUAGGUCCCAGGAAGCGCUCGCGUUGAUUGGAUGCAUUGAUGCCGCGUUGUACGUCACUCAGCUUCCGCGAGGCAAAGUUCUCCAAACCCUUAAGGGACACAGCGGCGGGGCGAUUGUCGCAUGCGGCUUUUUGCAGCCGAAGGGGGACGCUGCGUCAGCAACAGCUGAAGCAGCUUGGAGCGUCGCCAACGAUAGGUCACUUCGUCUGUGGGACAUACACCGCAGCGCCUCUAGCCGAUGUACGACGCUGCAAUCGCGUCCCACGGCAGCGGCUGCUGCAGCAGACGGUGCCAUGCUGCUCAUUGGUCACCGAAACAGCACCCUUAGUCUCUUCACACCCUCCAGCAGGAGCAGCAGCGGCAGCAGUAGAAGUAACAGCCGGAUCUGGAGUGCAGACAUGGUGUCACCCCCACUGCAUAGCGGGGAAGGUGUCGUAGGCGUCGCCAUCUCCCCUAAUGGACACACUGUCUGUACACUUGGAGAGGACAAAGUUUUGCAGCUUCUCGACCUACGCAUGAUGCUGCAGCAGCGGCAUCAGGAGCAAACUCUUACACACCCCCUCCUACGGUGCAACACGGUUGCUGCUGCGCCGUGUUUUUCGCCUUGUGGCAGUCUGCUGGCCGUUGCCACCGGCAGCCACCUCUUGAUUUGGGACCUGAAGCAGAAAGCCGCCUCCUGCAACGCAGUCAAAGCAUCGCAUGCGCUCAGCAGUAACAGCAGCGGUGCUGAUAUGGUGAGUGAUAGUCUUGCAGCGCUGCAGGUCCAGCAGCUCUACGGGGAUGGCCCCAUCUCAGUGCUUCACGGAGGCUCUGCAGAGAUUAGUUGCUUGGCGUGGAGUAACUGCGGCAACAGCAGCAGGCUGUUUGCAGGGUGCAGGGAUGGUACUGUGUGUGUUUGGGAGUAG